AAUGAAUGUGUGACUGACAGUGUCAUUACUCGACAAAUUCUGUUGUUUUAUCUUUGCAAAGAUAGUCCAUCAAAAUCAAAUUAAAGUGAGAGAUAUUAAUAGUCUAUUUACAUACAAAAGAAAGAGUGCAAUAGUACUUUAUGUUGAUAAUUAGAGUUAAUUCCCUGAAACACUCCUUGUACUGUCUGUCAGUGAAUGUGUCAACCAAGUGAAGAUUGUUAUGUCAGUGAAUUGUUGGUGUUUUGAGAAUAAAUUACUUCUAGCCAGGAAUGUCGGGAUCAAAGAAAAUGGUAAAAAAACUGUUAUUUCGAUCACUAUCAAAUACUUGCAGAGGAUAACGCGUAAAUUAUUUACUUACGAACGAUACUGCGCGUGCAGUCGGCCGAGGGCACGGCGCGCGUGGAGAUGCUGGACACGGACGUGACGGCGCAGCUGUUCGAGCGCGUGCACGAGAGCCUGCACCUGAGCACAUUCGCGUUCGCGCUGCACAAGGACCGCCAGCGCAAGGAGGAGGUCACGUCCAGCAAGUCGCGGCGCCUGCGCGACUACGGCCUGCAGCACGGAGACAUGCUAUACCUUAGCCCUGUCAAUGGUGCUGUGCUCUUUGAUCAGCCAUCCACCAGUGGAGAGACUAAUGAGAAUAACAAACCAUUUGGUGAGCCUGUUGAGGCUGGUCCCUCAACUUCUAGUACAGUGGUUGCAGCCCAGACCACAGCCGCUCGGCCAAUAGCAGUGGAAGAGGAUGAGGUAGAUUUACAAUUGUACCGCAUGUCAGGCAACAUUCAAAGGCAACGAGAUGAGAAGCUAUGCCGACAUAACUCCAAGGGCUGUUGCGUGCACUGCUCUCCGCUGGAGCCCUGGGACGAGGGCUACCUCAAAGAACACAAUAUCAAGCACAUGUCAUUUCAUGCAUAUUUGCGCAAAAUCACAUCAGGCAACUUUAUCUCAUUAGAUGAGCUCUCUUGUAAAAUUAAGCCAGGUUGCUCGGAGCACCCGCCGUGGCCGCGCGGCAUCUGCUCCAAGUGCCAGCCCGGCGCCGUCACGCUCAACCGCCAGCCCUACCGCCACGUGGACAACGUGCUGUUCGAGCACCCCGCCGUGGUGGAGCGCUUCCUGGCCUACUGGCGCGCCACGGGCCACCAGCGCGUCGGCUUCCUGCUCGGCCAGUACGAGCGCCACCCCGACGUGCCGCUAGGUAUCCGCGCGCGCGUGGCCGCCAUCUACGAGCCGCCGCAGACGUCGACGCGCGACAGCGUGGCGCUGCAGCCCGACCCGCGCGCGCCGCUGCUGGCGGAGCUGGCGCGGCGCCUGGGGCUGCGGGCCGUGGGCUGGAUCUUCACGGACCUGCUGCCGCUGGACACGGCCACGGGCACGGUGCGCCACAUCCGCGGCGUGGACACGCACUUCCUGUCGGCGCAGGAGUGCAUCAUGGCGGGCCACUACCAGAACCUGCAUCCCAACGCCUGCCGCCACGCCUCCUCCGGGUACUUCGGCUCUAAGUUCGUCACGGUCUGCGUCACGGGCGACAGCGACAAGCAGGUGCACCUGGAGGGCUACCAGGUGUCGGGGCAGUGCCAGGCGCUGGUGCGCGACGACAUCCUGCUGCCCACGCGCGACGCGCCCGAGCUCGGCUACAUCCGCGACUCCUGCGACGCGCAGUACGUGCCCGACGUCUACUACAAGGAACGAGACGCGUACGGUAACGAGGUGGGCGUGUCCGCCAAGCGGGUGCCCGUGGCGUACCUGCUGGUGGACGUGCCGGUGGGCGUGGCGGGCCCCGGCGCGCCGCCCACGUUCUGGGCGCAGGCCGCCUUCCCGCCCGCCAACCGCGCGCUGCAGCAGCACCUGCAGACCCUGCGCGCGCUGCACGCGCACCUGGCGGCCGCCGACAGCUUCCUGCAGGCGGCGUCCGACCUGCACGCGCUGCUGUUCCUGGCCACCAACGAGGCGCUGCCGCUGUCGCCCGACGCGCUGCAGCCGCUGCUGACGGCCGUGCGGGCGCGCGACGCCGCGGCCGCCGACGCGUGGCGCGGCACGCCCAGCGCCGCCACGCUCGACACGCUGUGCCGCGCCGCCGCCGACCACGACGCCGACAGCGCGGCGCUGGGCGGCGGCGCGGGCGUGUGGACGUGUCCGCUGUGCACCUUCCACAACGCGCCGCACAACGACGCCUGCGAGAUGUGCGCCAUGCCCAGAAGCAACGCGAUGUAAAUAGUGGUCGUCGGUCGGCGGCGACAGCGACCGUGCAUACAGAGAUAACGCGGACACGCGCCGCGGUGCCCGCUGUUCUAUUAUUUUUCUAUUGUAUUGUACUGUUCCGGCGGCGGACGUCGCAUCUACAUCUUAGUGAAUUCUCGUAUAAGUGUAUAAGUCGGUCUGAACUUGCUGUAAUGAUAAUAAUAAAUAUCAGCAACUAAAACAA